CUGUUACAACUUUUCAGCAUUGGGCAGCUUGUGGUCAAGGGACAGCACCCCGCAAAAACUUGGGGGCCUCUCCUGCCCUGCCCCUAGCAAGGACCUUUGCCCUUGAGUGGGGCUGUCUGGGUCUGCAGGAGGCAGGAGGGCUCCAAGCCAGCCUGCACACAGUAGCCCUGCGGGAGGUUCUUUUCCCAGCAAAUCUCUUUCCAGGCCCAAGGCUCUGAAAUAAAUACCUGGGGACCUGGGAAGGGAGAGAACAGCCUAGACAGGCGCCUGGUGGCAGGUUGAGGUCCCACCUUUUCUGGGAUCUGUGGUCCAGCAAGUGAGGCCCGAGGCCAGGCAGGAAGGUGGGCAGGGCUGAGUCAGAGGUGAAGCCAGGAUCUGGGGAGGGGGCAGGCAGGGAAGGAGGUGGUCACAUUGUACAGACCUGUAAAAAACCUGGGAAAGAGCAUGGGUACAUCCAGGUGGGCUUUGGGUCCACCGCCUCCUCGCCUCUAGGGCAAGUAAGAUCAAGUGCCAGGCAGGAGAUGGUUGUUCCCCAGCCUUUCCCUCCUAUCUUGGCCCCUUUGCUCUCAGGCGCCUGCCCAGCUGGGGCCCUUGCUGGCAUCUGGGCAAGACCAAGUAGGCCUCAGCCCCACCUCGAGUUAGACUUCAGGAAGAACUUCCAGGGGUAACGGAAGGGAUGUCAGUGGGAUGGACCAUGGGGAGGUCAGUUGUAAACAGGGCAGUUAUUCUUGUCCCGGGCCUUCCAAAGUCCAGUCUGUAAGCUGCAUCUUGCAGAAGGCCCAGCCUGUGGCCUUGAGGGCUUCUUGGCUGCAGGAUCUCUUUGCUAACCAGGUGACCCCUCCCCCAGCCUGGUGGCUUGCAGGGUGAUAUGGGGGCUGCCUGGGGCCCUGCCCGUCUUGGAACUAACUAAGGUGAGGGAGGGGUGGGAGGCCACCCAGAUGCCCCUCCCUGCCGCUUGCCCCGGGCCCCUCAGUUUCUCCAUCUGCUGCUGGGCAUGACCUCAGCAUCGGGGGCCCGGUGGGCAUUUGUGAAGAGCGGGAGAUAGGGGUAUGGGAGCCAGUGCUGUGGGCCUGGACUCCCUUUCCCCGAACCCCAGUGGCCUGGGCUGGCCGCCCACUUCUGUUCACCAUGGAGCUGGGUUUCCCUGGGGACCGGUGGACUGGCCCAGCCCUGCCCCCUCACCCCUCCUGGCCGCAGCUCACAGUGGGAGGAGGGGUGGAGGCUGGGCUGCCUCCUGGACCCCUACCCCCCUUGCCUUGCCUUCCAGAACCUGGGCUGGGAGCAAGAGGCAGUGGCUGCCCUUGGAGGAGGUCCUGGAGGCAGCUCUAGCUGGGAUGGUGGCUCCAGCAUCUCUAAGGGCCGUGGGAGGUCCAGCCCCACCGAGGGCACCCUAGGCCUCCCACAGCCCACCACCUGUGCCCCUUCCCCCUGCCCAUCCGCAGGCCACUCGCCAUGGGCAGCUGCUUCUCCAAGCCCAAGCCAGUGGAGCUCAAGAUCGAGGUGGUGCUGCCGGAGAAGGAGCGGGGCAAGGAGGAGCUGUCAGCCAGCGGGAAGGGCAGCCCCCGGGCCUACCAGGGCAAUGGCACGGCCCGCCACUUCCACACUGAGGAGCGCCUGCCUGCCCCUCACCCCUACCCGGGCGCUCAGGACUGCGUGGAGGCCGCCGUCUGCCAUGUCAAAGACCUUGAGAAUGGCCAGAUGCGGGAAGUGGAGCUGGGCUGGGGGAAGGUGUUGCUGGUGAAGGACAAUGGGGAGUUCCACGCCCUGGGCCACAAGUGUCCACACUAUGGUGCGCCCCUGGUGAAAGGCGUGCUGUCUCGUGGCCGGGUGCGCUGCCCGUGGCAUGGCGCCUGCUUCAACAUCAGCACUGGGGACCUGGAGGACUUCCCUGGCCUAGACAGCCUGCACAAGUUCCAGGUGAAGAUUGAGAAGGAAAAGGUGUACGUCCGGGCCAGCAAGCAGGCCUUGCAGCUGCAGCGAAGAACCAAGGUGAUGGCCAAGUGUAUCUCUCCGAGUGCUGGCCACAGCGGCAGUACCAACGUGCUCAUUGUGGGCGCAGGGGCAGCUGGCCUGGUGUGUGCGGAGACCCUGCGGCAGGAGGGCUUCUCAGACAGGAUUGUCCUGUGCACGCUGGACCGGCACCCCCCCUACGACCGGCCCAAGCUCAGCAAGUCCCUGGAUGCACAGCCCGAGCAGCUGGCCCUAAGGCCCAAGGAGUUCUUCCGAGCCUACGGCAUCGAGGUGCUCAUGGAGGCCCAGGUGGUCACAGUGGACGUGAGAAAUAAGAAGGCCGUGUUCAAGGAUGGCUUCAAGCUGGAGUACAGCAAGCUGCUGCUGGCACCAGGGAGCAGCCCUAAGACCCUGAGCUGCAAAGGCAAAGAGGUGGAGAACGUGUUCACCAUCCGGACGCCUGAGGAUGCCAAUCGUGUGGUGAGGCUGGCCUGGGGCCGCAACGUGGUGGUCGUGGGAGCUGGCUUUCUGGGGAUGGAGGUGGCCGCCUAUCUGACUGAGAAGGCCCACUCAGUGUCUGUGGUGGAGCUGGAGGAGACGCCCUUCAGGAGGUUCCUAGGGGAGCGUGUCGGUCGUGCCCUCAUGAAGAUGUUUGAGAACAACCGGGUCAAGUUCUACAUGCAGACGGAGGUGUCGGAGCUGCGGGCGCAGGAGGGAAAGCUGAAGGAGGUCGUGCUCAAGAGCAGCAAGGUCGUGCGGGCUGACGUCUGUGUGGUGGGCAUUGGUGCGGUGCCCGCCACGGGCUUCCUGAGGCAGAGUGGCAUCAGUCUGGAUUCCCGAGGCUUCAUCCCUGUCAACAAGAUGAUGCAGACCAACGUCCCAGGUGUGUUUGCAGCUGGCGAUGCUGUCACCUUCCCCCUGGCCUGGAGGAACAAUCGCAAAGUGAACAUUCCACACUGGCAGAUGGCUCAUGCACAGGGGCGGGUGGCGGCCCAGAACAUGCUAGCGCAGGAGGCGGAGAUCAGCACCGUGCCCUACCUGUGGACAGCCAUGUUCGGCAAGAGCCUACGCUAUGCAGGGUACGGAGACGGCUUCGACGACGUGAUCAUCCAGGGGGAUCUGGAGCAGCUGAAGUUCGUGGCUUUUUACACCAAGACUGGCGACAUGUCUUGGCUCACAGGGAAAGGAUCCUGAGCUCGCAUGCAGCGGACCUGGACAGGCACGCUGGGGCACCAGGGACAGAAGCCAUGCCUUGGGGGCAGGUGCCAAUCUUCAAUUUCCCAGGACCCCCCAGGGCAGCAUCUGAGCCCUCCCAGUGUUUGCCUUCGGCUGCCUCCAGGAUGCUCACCACCCAAGGCCUCGGCUGCCACCAAUGGCUGGCGGUGGAGGCAGGACAGACCCUGCUGCUUCUCCCUCUGUUGGGACUGGUUCCCUCUAGGACCCUGCAACAUAUUAGACAUUAUCUUAAAAUUAAAAUGCACACAUUUGCA